UUAAGCUAUAUAUAUAUAUAUAUAUAUAAAUAAAUUUUGAGCUGAUAUUGGCUUUUUCUGUUUUUCCUUUUAAUUUUAGGUUCAGUGAGAUCUGAGUUAUUGGCAGGUUGGUUCCUUAGAUUUCAGGAAAGCUGAUCACCUUCAUGAGAUUUUGUUGGAAUUACAAAGGAUCAUGAACACAUGAAGAAACUAUUCUUUUUUAAAUCUUCUGCGUCAAGCAGUGGGAACAAUAAUGCAAUUCCCCCAAGAUCCACAAAUAAGCAAAUAUGUUGGGAGAACUCAUCAAAAAGCGGAUUAUAUGGUCAGGCUCAUGGCAGAGCUGAGGAUAGCUUCCAGAGUCCAAAGGGAUUGUUCUCCAAAUCCCAGAGGCAUGUAUCGAAUGGCCAAGGUUCUAGUAGUGGGACAAGUCAUAGAAGGAGUAGAUCUUUGUCAACAUCAGCCUACUUGGUCCAGGAUCAUGAUAGAGAUUUCUUAGUUUCUUCUAGUUAUCAGACUCUUACACCUGAGAAGCAAAGGCAGUCGUCUGUCCAAAUUUCACAUGGAACUGGGAGGCCUGGCUCAACUAGCUCUUCAAGGUCUCAUCAUGACACAUCUGGGGACUCUUCCACUUCUACUGGUGACAUUUCGAGUAAGAUUGUUGAUCGUUACAUUGAUGGAGAGCAGCAGCCAGAAAAAAGUAGGUCAAGGAAAAAAUUACAGAAAGGUUAUGGUGAAAAUGGAAAUUAUUGUAUGGAGCUUCCUCCAAAAAUUCAGUACACAGCACCUAAUUCACCAACUGAUGCUAGAUAUAGACCAAGAGUUCAUUCAUAUAGAGAAGCUAAAGGCACUGAUAUUCACUUCUCAUCCAAAGACUGGAAAGAAAAUGGGUUUGGACAUGAAUCUCCUCAGAGCCUGGCAAAAAAAAAUGUCAUUGAGAGACUUUCUCAGUUUCAUUCUUUCUCCAAGAUCAGUUCAAAAGAGGUUGGUCUUGGUAAUCCAAUUACAGUUGAAGAUAUAUUUGCUAGAUCUGUAAAUGAAUGCUGUGAGUCAGAUCCAGAUGAGGCUCUGCCAAAAGGUUGUUCUUUUGAUAAACCCCACAGAACGACAGAUGGUUAUCAUAGCACUGACGAUCAAAGAUUCCAGAAACAAGAUGUUUUCCCAGCAGCCAUCUGUGAGGGCUUAACCUGUGUUGUCCUUGAAGAGGAUGUUGAUGCAGAGCUGCAAAGACGAUUAAAGGAAGUCAAAGACAGAGGUACGCUUUUUUCCGAGGAAUUUGAAAGAGAAAGCUUUCUUCUUGAUGGUGAUUUUGAUGUGUCUGUGCUGGUUCAGACAAUCAGAAACCUAGAAGAGGAGAGGUUAAGUUUGGCAAUGGAAGUUUCAGGCCUCCUUCAGUCUCGCAUUGCUGAAAGAACAUCUGCUAAGGAAGAACGUAGAUGCUUAAAGGAUGAAUUGGAGUUACAGGCUCAAUGGCUGGAAAAGGAAAAGAAUGAGAUACAGUUGGGAUUGGAGAAGGAAUUCGACAGAAGGUCAAGAGACUGGUCACUUAAGUAUGAGAAGUGUCAGUUGGAGGAGCAAAGGCUUCGUGAACGUGUUAGAGAGCUUGCUGAGCAUAUAUCACUUCAAAGGGAAGUCUCAUCUUUUGGUGACAAGGAAACCGAAACCAAAAAGCUAAUAACUAGUUCUGACCAUCAGCUGAAGGAAAUAACUGAAAAGAAGGAAGAAAUGAAUGAGCAGAACUUUUAUUUUCAACAGAAUGUCUUAGAAUUACAAGAGAAGUGUAAGAUGGUAGAAGAAAACAGGGACAUUUACCGAAGAAAUUAUGAAGAGAAGGAGAAGGAGCGUAAAGAGUUACACAAGUCCAUCACAAAAUUGCUACGAACAUGCAGUGAGCAAGAGAAGACAAUCACGGGGUUACAAGAUGCAUUUAGUGAGGACUUAAAAAGGAAUCAGUCUAUGGAGAGGGUGGAGAAGCCUUUUGCAAAAAUGCAAAUGGAGCAAAUGAGGUUAUCAGGGGUGGAACUGGCUUUGAGAAGGGAGUUAGAAUCUUAUAGGGUUGAAGCAGAUUCUAUUCGCCAAGAAAAUAUAACUCUACUAAACCGCUUCAAAGGAGAUGGGAAAGAAGUUGUUGCUGCUACUUAUAAGCUUGAUAAAGAACUGUUGGCCCGUGUCUUUUGUCUGCAAAAUCAAGGCCUAACAAUGGUAAAUGAAAGCUCCAACUUAUGCUCGAAGUUUAUUGAAUUCAUCAAUCAAGAUUCACAACAUGAAAUGGAGGUCAUAAAAAAUGCUUUAGGUGGGCAAUCUGAAUGUAAAAUUCAGGGUCUUAAAAGUAAAAUUGAGGGCUUAACUAGGAGCUUGCAGAUGAUGUCGGCUUUGUUUGCUGAAAAGUCAAGUUUAUUGACAACUAAAUUUCAGUCACAGUUUAUUGAUCCCGGCAAACUUGCUAAACUGAAUGAUCAAUCAUCUGAUGCUAUAAUAAGAACUGAACUGAAAGCAGAAUGCUUGCUAACAAGUCUAUUAAGAGAGAAGCUGUACUCAAAAGAGCUCCAAGUUGAGCAGCUGCAAGCUGAACUUGCUACUGCAGUGAGAGGAAAUGACAUACUUAAAUCUGAGGUGCAAAAUGCACUAGCCAACCAUUCAUGCGUCAACCAGAAGUUGAAGGACCCUGAACUUCAGAUGUUUAAGAAAGAUGAGUGCAUAAACCGCCUCCAAAGUGAUCUGAAAGAAUCUAUGAAAGAAUUAGCAAUCAUUAAGGGAAUUUUGUCACAGGUAACUGGGGAGAGGGAUCGUAUGUGGGAAAAAGUGAAGCAAUAUGACGAGCAGAAUAUGCUAAUGAACUCAGAGAUCACCGAAUUGAAGAAGAUAGAGGUCGUUGAUGAAGAUGUACUUGUAAAGGAAGGUCAAAUAGCAAUAUUAAAAGACAUUCUUGGUAAAAAGCCCUUUGAUCUCCUUGGGAGUCCUGAUUCUAUGCACCAAUUUUUGCUUAACUAACUACUACAGAUUAUAGAAGCAUAUUUCUUUUUUACAGGCAAAGUCACUACAUUGUUCAUAGUUCUAUAAUUUUUUUUUUUGAUAUCACAUAGUUCUAUAUAUCUGUGAAUGAGGUU